AAAUUUUAAUUCCUACAAAUGAGUGGGGGGAGAGUCUCUUGGUCCCUCUAUUUAAAGGCAAAGGUGACAUUCAGAGUUGCGAGAAUUACAGAGGCAUCAAACUGCUUAGCCACACCAUGAAGGUUUGGGAGCGAGUUAUUGAGUAUAGGGUGCGGAAAGGGGUUUGCAUCUCGGAGAACCAGUUUGGUUUCAUGCCUGACAGAUUAAUGGAAGAGUAUAGGGCUAGGAAAAAGGACCUUCAUAUGGUGUUUAUUGACCUUGAGAAGGCGUUUGAUAGGGUGCCAAGGGAGGUCUUAUGGAGGUGCCUUGAGGCGAGAGGAGUUCCCAUCGUGUACACUCGCGCGAUCAAGGAUAUGUACGAUGGGGCUAUGACCAAGGUAAGGACUUCCGGGGGCGUCUCAGAUUCCUUCUCGGUAGGGAUGGGGUUACACCAGGGUUCUGCCCUUAGCCCUUUUUUGUUCGCCUUGGUGAUGGACGUCCUAACUCAAGGUGUUCAAGACGGGGUCCCAUGGUGCAUGCUUUUCGCGGAUGAUAUUGUGCUUAUCGACGACACGCGUGAGGGACUAAACGAUAAGUUGGAAUUAUGGCGCCUUGCCCUUGAGACUAAAGGAUUCAGAAUAAGUAGGAACAAGACUAAAUACAUGGAAUGUCGUUUCAGCAGACGGGAUACAGAAUCAGAGGUGGAAGUCAGGAUUGACUCUCACCUAGUACAUAAGGUAGACAGGUUUCGAUAUCUUGGCUGGGUAAUUCAGGCGGAUGGGGAGUUAGAUGCGGAUGUUGGACAUCGGGUUGGUGUGGCUUGGGCCAAAUGGCGGUUAGCUUCAGGGGUGUUGUGUGAUCCGAAGAUUUCGCCUAGAAUGAAAGGUAAGUUCUAUCGAUCCGUAGUCAGACCUGCUAUGUUAUAUGGGGCAGAGUGUUGGGCAGUUAAGAAGACUCACGUGCGUCGUCUGCAUGCGGCGGAGAUGCGGAUGUUACGAUGGAUGUGUGAGAAGACAAGGUUGGAUAGGAUUUCGAACGAAGUGAUCCGACGUCAGGUAGGUGGAGCCGAGGGUCUCUUGGAAAUAGCCUCCCUACUUCCGAGUAGGGGCAAGGUCUGCGUACACACACCCUCCCCAGACCCUAGUGUUGUGGGAUUCAACUGGGUUGUUGUUGUUGUUAUUAAAACUGCUGCACCCCUCCACUAUCUGUCAUGGCCACUUCCCACUAUCAAAAAACCUGCACGCCACAACUGCUACUCCUGGCCGGCCACUAUAAAAGACGGGGAGGAGUUGUCUUCACCUUACGGGCAAAAACUGCAGAAGCCAUCAAAGGAAUGCAGUCAAAAAAAGCAAACUAUGUCAAGUGAAGUUAGGGCUAAGGUUGGCCAGUGGUCUCUCCUAAGAGAUGUUGACCACACCAAGAAUGAAUGGGCACUUAGAAUGAGAGCAAUAGAGUAUAUAUACACCGUACCAGGCCGUGAUGAAAAAGAUAAUACAAUGGAGGUGAUAUACCAUGACAAGGAGGGAAUUGAACAAGGAUCCACGGGCAGAUUAAAAGGCCACAAAUCAAGUCCUUUAAACCACUAAUCACGGAGGGUGGUGUUUCCGCACUACGAAAUUUCUUGGUUCAUAACAACUAUCAAACAUACAAAACCUCAAAACACCCGUAUUUGUUGGUUUUCUUCACAGACACCUAAGAAUUUAAACAACAAUUGAGGAACCUAGUUGUUUUUGAAAAUUUGGCCAAAAGAUUUGUAUCCUUCCUUCUCCCGCCUCUAAUUUCACUUUGGAUAAUAUAUGUAAAAUUGGGGGGAAUAGAUUUUUUGAGUGAAAAUUUGGCCAAAAUUAUGUAACCCUCCUUCUCUUGCCUCCAAUUUCACCCCUUCCCUUCUCUCUCUCUAGGGUUGCUGGAAAGCUAGUGCAGCUCCACCCCUUUUGCUUCCAUCUUUGAAUCCGAGACUCUUUUCUUGGAAUUUGUGGAUAUUUGGGUGCAUCUCAAGCAAGGGAAUCCCAAUCCGAAAUCACUUUUGCUGUUUUAUAGCUGGAUCUUGGAGUAUUGAAAGUCAAAGUUUCGUGGUUACUGUUCAUUCAGCGACCAAUUGACAAGCAUCGAGUCCUUUAGCGAUAUCCGUCAAACUCGAAGUUCCCUGAGAGCAAACAUGCUCGGGAAUGAAGAAUCCGGCACACUUUUGACCCUGCUCAAUGCCGGAGACGAUCCACACCAGCCGUUGGAAUCCAUAGUCGACGAUUUCAAAUCAAAGCUCCAUUCUGCUCGCCACUUCAAUGCCUGCGUCUCUCUCGCCUUGAUUCUCGAGGCAAAGUUUCUUAAACCAGCUCAGAGGUUGGCUGCUUUUCCAAUUCUUUGCAGAGUAUAUUCUUCCCAAGAGCCAUCAUCAAAUCCUUUCAUCUCUAUGCUUGUAAAUGGAAUUGUCUUAAUCUUGCAAGUUUGAGAGGCCAAGUAAAGUACAAGAAGUCACUCUGCCUAUGAUACUCACUCCUCCACAUACUCUACCUAUGAUAAGCACUCUGCAAAAAUUUUAUUUUGAUGGUGUAUCAUUAUCCAAAAUGUGUUGCCUUUUUUUUUUAAACCGUGGUAAUAUGUAUGCUACAUUAAGUUGCUCCACUAAUAUUUAAGUAAAUAUUAAGUUAUUAG